UUUGUACAGCAAUGGAGAACGCUGUCACGUAUGAAAUAGACCUCCCAGACCCUGUUCCGGUUCAGAUCAUCUAUGGGACCACACUGACCGUUGGGUUCUUCUUGAAUGCUGUUGGUGGCAUCUGGCAACAAGACCGACUCAUCGACUCCCUGGCCUUUGUAUGUACAGACGUCUUACCUGAGCUCGAAUCGAUGGUACCCGACUUUAAGUCUCUCGUUAAAGAUUCCUGGGAUUAUAAGCCAGUCUGCGGGAGGAUCCGCGAUGCAGCUAGUAACUUGGAGGCAUUUGACGCGACGGAAUUCUGUAAAGACGUAACCAAGAUAGUCGACGACUUGAUCUACGGCCCGGGAACUGGUGAAAGGGUUCGCAGGCAGGCAGACCCAUACAUGGAUAUCCUAGACAUCAUAGCGAAUAUCACCAAAGAACUCUACAACAUUGACAUCAAUGACCUGUCGACCAUCUGUCCAAACAUCGCCCAGUUCCUGGACAGGUCCAUUCCUGAUAUCAUAUCGGAAUUCGGUGCUAAGCUGAUGGUUGUCUAUCUACCCAAUAUAGAUGGUAUGCUCUGUCAAGACUGGGACCAGACAAUUAGGUCGUUGGGGAUAGAUUCUACUUCGGCGUUGGGCGACGUUGUCCAGAAUGCUGCUCGUAUUGCAUCCCAGGCUGCAGGAUAUGAAAGCAGACAGGCUCUCUGCCAAGAAAUCACCAGAGUACUAGCCAUAACAGGAGAUGAUAACGAAGAGCGUCAGACUUUUGCCAAGAAUAUCAUCGAGAGCAGUUUUGAGAUUUAUACAAACAACGACAGGUGUUCAAUGUACUUCAAUGACGCCAUCGAUGACAUCAUCGAACCAAUCUUUGAGAUUCAAAACCUUCAGAUUAAAAUCAGCGAUUAUACCAUUUAUCGUUACACCGGGUACAUGGGCGUAGAAGAGGUCUGCGAGGCACUGGAGACAGAUUUCACGAAGCUUUCUACUAGCACUGUAACGAUGACUCUGACAGGCGAGAGACUAAACGGAGAGCUUCUUGUGUUCACUGAUGAUCUGAAGAACCAGGCGUCUCCUCGCUUCAAGAAGCUUGAAACGCUGUACUGUGGAGUGAUAGGGAAUCAUCUUAGGCGGGAGUUAGGAUCGGACCUUCGAGGUAUGGACUGUGUAGCCACGUCUUUCAGCCCUGGCAGCAUUAUCGCUGAGUUGGAGAUUGAGAUUCAUGCCUACACUCAGGAUGAUGCUGAUUCUCUCGCUGAGGAUGCGGUAGACCUGUCUACCAGCGGCACUCUCGUCCUCUCCUCCGAUGGAGAAACCUUGACAGUGUCCUCACUUCAAGGAUCAGGAUCAGCCGGCCAAGGGGGUGGUGGCUUGGCUACGGGAGCCAUCAUAGGCAUUGUCAUUGCGGUCGUCGUGGUCUUGGUGGUCGUCCUCAUCAUCAUCGCCGUCGUCGUGCACUCCAAGGGAAAAGGCACAAGGGAUACUGAGCGCGGAGUAGGAUUGAAGAACCCAGGAUUCUCUAAAGAUGAGCACCAAUAUAAGAAAUAACUGUCUCGGAUUGAUCUUGGCUGCAGCACAACAAUCCAGACAUAAAUUCAUGGAUGGAUCGUGAUAAGCAGAAUUGCACCCUCAAGGGCUUUCAUCAUUGAAUGUUAAUUUAAAGCUCUUCAUUUAUUUGGCUGAACAUAAUGGUACGUUCUGCAUAACGUAAAAUAUAUUACUCAGAUUACACCUUUAUUCAGUUUGCGUACGUAAAAUAUAUUACUCAGAUUACACCUUUAUUCAGUUUGCGUUUGAACUCAGAUAAUGCUUUUAUUUUAUUUGAGAGGCCUUUGAUAUGAACUGGAAUUAUAAUUCGCUGAAAUGAAAUGUACAUCAUUAACCAAAUUAUUGAUUUGCAUUUUUUUUAAAGUUAAUAAAAAAACAUAUAAACCCAGUUUCCAUGUUUAUUAAUGGUGUCGUGGUUUAGCGGAUACAUCACCGCUGACUGGACUGUGGAUCGCAUGGUCCGUGGUUUAUUCCCGCCUCGGCACUAAUGCUUUUUGCCACUCUCCAUCCUGGUGAAGUAAUGCUUUGGCGCCUGAUCAUGGCGGUUAGCUAGUGCAGGGGGUAUUAAUGUGAUGCUUUAUAUUAAGCACAGUGGAGUAUAUUCAUAUAGAAGCUACACUCUCUAAAUAGAAGUAAUUCUUAUCAUUACAUUUUUUUAAAGGAAAAACUGGAAUAUCGUUAUGGAAGUGGCUUAAAGUGCUCAACUGGAACUUAUAGAAACAAAUUCUUCCCUUGUUCCAUUAAUUUUAAGCUGUGUGAAAAUAUUAUUUUCUUGGUUAUGAUAAUGCGAGCUUCCAAGUACUUUCUGGAUAAUUUGUUGCUGUGUUUGUUGUUGUAAUAGAACAUUGAUAUUGAUUAAUAGAUCCAUUUGAUUUCUUCUUUGAUUUAUCGUUGGUACAUGGAUAUAAAUGUCUGUAUAUUUGUAUUAUGUUUAUGUUGACUGUAAAAAUGCUAUGUGAUCUAUAUCAAAUUAUAAAAAAUAUAAAAAAGGAGAGGACAUUGAUGUUCAGCGUAGAUGUACAUCAGUGAGGUUUUUUCUUAUUAUACGUAGAAUAUGCAAUACACAGAUAUUAGUAUGGAGUAUAAUUCCAACUAUACAAUUUUCUACUUUUUUUCCAAUGAAAAUGGUAGUAUAGAUAUCGCUUAGAGAUGAAUAAAUACCCUUCUUGUCUACGUAGCUGUUGGUCCAUUACGUGGUCUAAUCAGUGGCAACCAUUUUGCAAAUAUCUUUGUUUUGGGAUCAAUAGAAGGUACCUCUGGAAUGUAAUUGGAGUAACGUCUUCACCUUUAUUCCCUUUCUUUACCAUAAUUCUUUGCCAAAUCUAGAAAAUGAUUUUGGGGACUAACUUGAUGUUCUUUUGAAUAACUCCUUCAUUGAUAGUGCACGUUGUAUCUUACCAUUCCAAGUUAAUAAUACGAUGCCUCUGAGAAUUCAUUAGAGUAAUGUUGCUACACCUUUUCUAUGGCCAAUUUUAUCAGAGGACAUUAGGCCAAAUUUUGAAAAUUGACAGUUUUUGUAAAAACUCUGAUGAUUGUUUAGUUUUUCGUAUUAUUGGGUAUUCUGAUGUACAUGAUUUUAA